CGGGUUCACGGGUCUACGGGUAGCCAUAGUUCAACUGGCUCCUCUUCGUAAACCUUCCAAUUCGUCUCCAUAUCGCUCAAUACCCUUCCACGAUUCAUCUCAAUACCUUCGCAGCCUAAUUUGUGUGUCCGUUGCUCGUACUACACUUGUUGUUCGCCUUGAUACAAGGCAUCGCAGGGUUGAGUAUUAUACCUAGCUAGGUCGGAUCUGGGUUUGAUUGUUUGGGGCUCCCGCGCCCACCGCACCCAACCGCACCACCGCACGCAAACUACCUUAGCCUCCUACCCUUCUGCGAAGAAAUGAUCCACGCUCGUUCCUAACGUCAACUCCAAGCCUCGAGCUUGGGGACGCUCUCCGCACCGGUACACAGUGGAGGAUAUCAACAAAUCGCACUAGUUCCGCCGAUAAUCAGACCUUCCCUCACGCUUCGUUCGCCCAGCAGCACCUUCACGAAUGACGGCCUAACAAUCUCCUGACUGCUAUGGCAACAAACCUUACAUCCUCACCACAUCGAGCAAUGGAGAAUACACUGUCUCUAUCAAGGCUAGAGUUGACAGACGAAUCUGUGGGCUCAGGAGGCGAGGGGCCCGCUCGAAGGAAAUACCCAAGAACACUCAGUGAAAACCAGAAACCCUCGCGCAGACAAGCUUUGCCCUCCAACAGUAACUCAGGCAUGGAGCAGCAGAAGCCUCCCCCGACCAUGACCGCCCGUCGUCAGUCCAUACGCGAUCAUAAACCACCACUUGGGCCUCGUCCGCUUGACCAACCGACGUCUCGAAGAGUAAUCAGUGGUGACAGCACCAGCUCAAUCCUGGCGAAUCGUUCCUUCCUUCCUACAUCCACGAGCGAGUCGGUACUUACUCAAACGAGAGGGAGCAACCCAAGAUACAGUUUUGGAAAGGCUGCGGAAGUCAACAAGCACACUGAACGUACCGACAAUAGCAGUUCCUACGACUUCCUUCCGUCUAUAAACUUCGACGAUCUCCACUCCAGCCUUUCCAUUCCGUCAUAUGAACCUGAAUUGAGCGAGUUUCCUGCACCUGGCGGAGGAAGGAGUAUAUUUGCAAGUACAAAAGAGACCCAGAGCACAAAUGAUGGUCCAUCAACAACAGCAAUGGGAAGGUAUCAAGCGGGACAAGAGACACAGGUGCGCAGGAGUGGGUCCCUCGUUCGACGUUCAAGCAAUGCACGACGGCAGGUAUCGUCUACUUCAACUGCAGAGACUGGCAUAGGUGCCAUGGGGCCUCCCAGUGCGCCGUUGUCGGUGCGAAAUCGCCGGCAAAGCCAAUUUCCUGCACCAGCACCAACGAAUCCAGCCGCUAAGCCACCCAGAAAAUCAGUAGGGCCCGGCCUCUUGACUACAAGUCUCGAAGCAAGAGGAAGACAGGACAUGCCGCAACUGGGAACAGAAUCUCCACGAAGCUUUCUAGGUCGCUCUGGGUCUAUUGAACGGGCUGAAAGACGUCAAAACUCGCUGAAUUCGGGCCCGGAAACUCCACGCCUCAGUACGGGGACUCGCAAUGUGAAGGCCAGGUCUAUGCAGCCUGCCCCACGGCAGACAUCAUCGUCACAUUUGACCGCUGCAAGCAUGACCCCCGACCAUCCAUCAACUGCAGCUCGUUCCCCUGGCAAGUCCCCAGGUCAAGCGAACCACACGCCGUCGUCUUCAGGAAGCAAAAGACAAUCUACCCUACCAGCUCAUGCGAGUGGUCUUGGAGCACGCACGAUCAGUCCGACGGAUGCUCGGCGACUGAAGCGACUUUCAAUGCUUCCAAACCCAGCAGCCGCCCAGCAAAAACCUCCUACACCCCCAGAUUUUGCUGCUGAAAACUUGUCAACAGCCUUUGACUCUCCCUCGGCUCCUUUCAGAAAGAGCAUUACCCCAUCCUCCCCCCGCGUAACGCCGGAUCCAAACAGGAAGUCUGUUACCUCUGGGCUUUCACUGUCCGCUAGCUCAAGUUUCAACUCGUUAAGAGCCUCGAAUUUGCCAAAUCGAUCAAGCAUUGCUCUAGCUGGAUCAAGACUGCCCACUCCAAAGGGGCGAAAUGUCCACAGUUCAGCAGGAGCAGAAGAAGAGGAAGAAGUUCCUCCAGUACCAGCUAUCCCCAAGGCUUACGAAUCUCCGAAGGAAAUCAUGGACCAUCCUUCGUUUCCUUUUUCCAAAACGAAAAGCUCGACGUUUGACGAGAGCCGCCUCGGUCAAUCGAUGAUAGAGGACUCUUCCGGCAACGACAAGCUCUCGGUAGAUGGACCUGUAUCAGAAAUCUACCCUACAAUGUCUGAUAAGGCAAAAGUACAGUCUCGUCAUAAACGGGGCAUGACAAUUGGUAGUGGCAGUCAGGAUGUUGACAAAGCGCCGCCCAUCCGACAAGUUGCAAAACCAAGCCGGCAACCCCUCAGGCUACCGCCUUUGAAUCUCCUGCCUCUCAGUACACCCACAGCGUCACGCAUUGCAUCCUUUCCUGCGCCUUCAGCGGAAGUUGACAAUCGUCAUGAUGAGACGCCGCCGCCCAAGUCCAACGUGCCUAAAACGCCGAGUACCCCUAUGACCGCUUCCAAAGCUUCUUUCUCCUUCAAGGACACUGAAUAUGAGAAUUCACAUCUCAGAAGCAACAGCUCUCAUUAUACAUGGCGAUCCGAUACUGCAUUUCAACCGAUGUCGACAGCCGCAAUACCUAUCCCGAGCCACGCAAACAGUAGGCAAACGACGACGCCAUUUGCAUCAGCAAGCCUACCCAAGAUCAGUGGCGAAUUCGGGCACAUCAGAAGUAGACCCAGCGGAGAAUACGGCUACGAUGGCACUGAUUCGGAAUCUCAACAAGGAAAAUCACAUGGUCAGCGCUCUUAUACUGCUGUCAAGCAAGAAACCGCGUCGAUUCAGAGCAUCCAAACUGAUACUUCAACUGAGCCGGAGACUCCUUCAUCGGGCCCAUCCCUACAUAGGAGGCUCAGUGAGAAGUUUAAAAGAAGUUCAUCCAAGGCUUCUGGCAGUACACACAGUUUGCUAACCAAAGAACCAGUGCAGCAUAAAUCUGAAGACCAGCAGCCAUCGAGGUCGAAUGAGAUGCCUCCACCAAAACUACCAGCUUCGAAAACCUUGAAUAGCAAUAGCAACAGCAAUAUACUACCAAGUCCGACGCCUGGAAAAGCUCCACGGUCUUCGUUCGAACAGCGCACCCGCAAGCCUUCUGGUCAGAACUUCAUGAGUGACACGGAAACGGAGAAGCGCCAGGUUCACAGGCGACAAGGCAGUUCGAGUGUACAACCUCCAACGUACUCCGAACAGAACCUUGUAACACCGAAGAAUAGACCUGGCUUCAUGGAUGGACUUCGGAGCUCAAUCUCAAACAGACCAUCUUUGGGUGCUCUACGGGGUCGGAACCUGGACACAAAUCUUGAAAAAGAAGACAUUGCCGCCGAUGAGGAGAUGAAAAGGCUUGGCUAUAAACGGAAGGAUUUUGAAUUAGCGGCCAAGGAUGUUGACAAGCUGCGAGACUCGGCCAAACCUCAGCCGAAGGUCACUCCUGCAGCUGCACUGGCACAAGUCAAUCUGAAUCUGUUCGAGCGAGGCGAAAUCAUCGAUUAUAAAGAAAUCUAUUUCUGUGGCACCAGGAACGCGAAGAAACACGUCGGCGAUCUCAAUGCUCAAUCCGCAAACUUCGGUUACGAUGACGACCGAGGCGACUAUAACAUAGUCUUUGGAGACCAUUUGGCUUACCGCUACGAAGUGGUGGAUCUUCUGGGCAAAGGCAGUUUUGGUCAGGUCGUCCGAUGUGUUGACCACAAGACGGGAUCUUUGGUUGCUGUGAAGAUCAUAAGGAACAAGAAAAGAUUCCAUCAGCAGGCCUUAGUCGAGGUCAACAUCCUACAGAAAUUGCGCGAAUGGGAUCCGAAAGCUGAACACAGCAUGAUUAACUUUACCCAAAGCUUUUACUUCCGCGGUCAUUUAUGCAUUUCGACAGAACUUCUGAGCAUGAAUCUGUAUGAGUUUAUCAAGGCCCAUGAGUUCAAAGGAUUCUCAAUCAAAUUGAUUCGGCGCUUCACACGGCAGAUUCUGAGUUGUCUGCAGGUCUUGCAGACGAAGCGUGUCAUCCACUGCGACUUGAAGCCUGAAAACAUCUUGCUCGCGCAUCCACUGCAGUCGGAGAUCAAGGUAAUUGAUUUCGGGUCGAGUUGUUUCGAGAACGAGAAAGUGUAUACCUAUAUUCAGAGCCGGUUCUACCGAUCUCCUGAAGUGAUACUCGGUAUGAGUUACGGGAUGCCGAUCGAUAUGUGGAGUCUGGGAUGCAUUCUGGCGGAACUGUACACCGGUUACCCUAUAUUCCCUGGUGAGAACGAACAAGAGCAGCUGGCGUGUAUCAUGGAAAUCUUUGGGCCGCCUGAAAAACAUCUGAUUGAGAAGAGCAGCCGUAAAAAGCUUUUCUUUGACUCACAAGGCAAGGCCCGAGUGAUGGUAUCUUCGAAAGGCCGGCGCAGGAGGCCUAGCACAAAAACACUACAGCAAGCCUUGAAAUGUGACGACGAGGCAUUCCUAGACUUUAUCUCGCGGUGUCUACGAUGGGAUCCAGAACGACGUAUGAAACCAGAUGAUGCGGCAUCGCACGAGUUCAUGACCGGGCAGAAGCGUCCUAGCAUGCUACGCCCAAGAGGCCCGAUCAAUGGUACGUCGGGUGUCUCACCAGCAAAGCGUUUACCCUCGGCCGUACAACAAACACCUCAACGAACGAGGCCAUUGCCUGAGCCUCCAGCGACAACUUUGAGAAAUGGCAUUGCGGUCGCGAACUCACGCGAGACAUCAAGCAGCUCACCCGUCAAGGGUGCUGGACCAAGAAGACACUCUACGAUUCACGGAAACCAAACAAGUGUCGGUGUCAAGAGGUCAAGUAAUGGCCAAACGGUGCCGACAGCUGGGUCAUUGAGUGGCCUCCCUCGAGUGGCACAACGGAGCACAAGUGGAAAACUGGAUUUGGCAUCCGCGGCCGCGGCAGCAAGCUUGGUAUGUCUAGUCUGAGCGGAUUUGCUACCAUUACGAG